UCACUGACAAAAAAUAUUUUUUCUUUGUCUAAAGCUGCACAGAGUGAGGAGCGUCUGUGUGCAUUUAAGGACCCAUAUCAGCAGGACCAUGGAAUCAGUGAGAGCAGAAUCUCCCAGGAGAAUGGCACAAUUUUGUGCAUGAAAGGUAGUACCUGCUAUGGACUUUGGGAAAAAACACGGGAAGGAGACAUACAUCUUGUAAAACAAGGUUGCUGGUCUCAUAUAGGAGACCCACAAGAAUGUCAUUUUGAGGAGUGUAUAGUUACAACCACCCCUUCCUUGAUUCAGAAUGGAACAUAUCGCUUCUGCUGCUGUAGUACGGACUUGUGUAAUGUCAACUUCACAGAAAAUUUUCCACCUCCUGACCCUACUGAUACAACACCUUACAAUUCUUCUCAUUCUUUUCAUCGAGAUGAGACUAUAGUUAUUGCCCUUGCAUCUGUGUCUGUACUGGCUGUUUUGAUUGCUGCUCUGUUCUUUGGAUACAGGAUGCUUGCAGGAGACCGUAAACAAGGUUUGCACAGUAUGAACAUGAUGGAGGCAGCAGCAUCAGAGCCCUCAUUGGAUCUGGAUAAUCUAAAGCUGUUGGAGUUGAUUGGCAGGGGACGAUAUGGAGCAGUGUAUAAAGGCUCCCUAGAUGAACGUCCAGUUGCUGUGAAAGUAUUUUCUUUUGCUAAUCGUCAGAACUUUGUCAAUGAGAGGAACAUUUACAGGAUUCCACUGAUGGAACAUGACAAUAUUGCCCGCUUCAUUGUCGGGGAUGAGAGAUUCACUGCAGACGGCCGUAUGGAAUAUUUAUUGGUGAUGGAAUAUUACCCCAAUGGUUCUUUGUGCAAAUAUUUGAGUCUCCACACAAGUGACUGGGUGAGCUCCUGUCGUUUGGCACACUCUAUAACUAGGGGCUUGGCAUACCUGCACACGGAGCUACCUCGAGGAGACCAUUACAAACCUGCAAUAUCCCAUCGUGACUUGAACAGCCGCAACGUACUGGUAAAGAAUGAUGGAACAUGUGUAAUUAGUGAUUUUGGACUCUCCAUGAAGUUAACUGGAAACAGACUGGUACGCCCAGGUGAGGAAGAUAAUGCAGCCAUUAGUGAGGUUGGUACAAUCCGCUAUAUGGCCCCAGAAGUGCUCGAAGGAGCAGUGAACUUGAGGGACUGUGAAUCUGCUUUGAAACAAGUAGAUAUGUAUGCGCUAGGCCUUAUCUACUGGGAGAUAUUUAUGAGAUGUACAGACCUCUUCCCAGGGGAAUCUGUGCCAGAGUACCAGAUGGCUUUCCAGACAGAAGUUGGAAACCAUCCCACUUUUGAAGAUAUGCAAGUCUUGGUGUCUAGAGAGAAGCAAAGACCAAAAUUCCCAGAAGCGUGGAAGGAGAACAGCCUGGCUGUGAGGUCACUUAAAGAAACAAUUGAAGACUGUUGGGAUCAAGAUGCUGAAGCUCGACUAACAGCGCAGUGUGCUGAGGAGAGGAUGGCAGAACUCAUGAUGAUUUGGGAGAGGAAUAAAUCAGUUAGUCCAACGGUCAACCCUAUGUCAACUGCCAUGCAAAAUGAGCGGAAUCUGUCGCAUCAUAGGCGUGUGUCAAAGAUAAGGCCAUAUCCAGAUUACUCUUCCUCUUCUUACAUUGAAGAUUCAAUCCACCACACUGACAGCAUAGUGAAGAACAUUUCUUCUGAACAUUCAAUGUCCACUACACCAUUGACUUCAGGGGAAAAGAACAGAAACUCCAUUAACUAUGAGCGGCAACAAGCGCAAGCUCGCAUCCCUAGUCCCGAGACAAGCGUCACCAGUUUGUCCACCAAUACUACCACCACCAAUACAACUGGCCUCACUCCUAGCACGGGCAUGACCACCAUAUCCGAAAUGCCUUACUCGGAUGAAACAAACUUACAUACUACAAAUGUCAUGCAGCCAGGUGGGCCCACCCCUGUUUGUCUGCAGCUAACAGAGGAGGACUUAGAGACCAAUAAAUUGGAUCCAAAAGAAGUGGAUAAGAACCUGAAAGAAAGCUCUGAUGAGAAUCUGAUGGAACAUUCACUUAAGCAGUUUAGCGGACCAGAUCCACUCAGCAGCACUAGUUCCAGCUUGCUUUAUCCGCUGAUAAAACUUGCAGUAGAGGUGACAGGACAACAGGACUUCACACAAGCUGGCAAUGGUCAAGCAUGUUUGAUUCCAGAUGUCCCAUCUGCUCAGGUCUAUCCUCUACCCAAGCAACAGAACCUUCCGAAGAGGCCUACUAGCCUCCCCCUAAACACCAAAAAUUCAACAAAGGAGCCACGGUUAAAAUUUGGUGGCAAGCACAAAUCAAACUUGAAGCAAGUGGAAACAGGUGUUGCCAAGAUGAACACUAUCAAUGCUGCAGAACCUCAUGUCGUGACAGUUACCAUGAACGGAGUGGCUGGGAGAAGCCACAGCAUAAACUCUCAUGCUGGCGCAACCCAAUAUGCCAAUGGGACAGUGCCGUCUGGCCAGACAGCCAGUUCGGUAGCGCAGAGGGCCCAGGAAAUGCUUCAGAACCAGUUCAGUGGAGAGGAUAGUCGGCUGAAUAUUAAUUCAAGCCCUGAUGAACAUGAACCCUUGUUGAGGCGGGAGCAGCAGGUUGGCCAUGAUGAAGGUGUUCUGGACCGCCUAGUAGACAGGAGAGAACGACCACUGGAUAAUGGCCGAACAAAUGCCAAUAACAACAACAGCAAUCCAUGUCCAGUGCAAGACACAGCUACAGUCAGUAUCCAGAAUGUAGCGAGAAAUCCUGGGCAGACCCAGACUAGAAGAGCACAGAGGCCUAAUUCGCUGGAUCUAUCAGCCACAAAUAGUUUGGAUAGCAGUAGUAUGCAGUUAGGUGACUCCUCACAGGAUGGCAAAUCGGGCUCAGGAGAAAAGAUUAAGAAACGUGUGAAAACUCCAUACUCACUUAAGCGGUGGCGUCCUUCAACGUGGGUCAUCUCCACCGAGCCGCUGCACUGCGAGGUCAACAAUAAUGGCAGUGACCGGGCAGUCCACUCCAAAUCCAGCACUGCUGUUUACCUUGCAGAAGGAGGCACUGCCACCACAAUGGUAUCUAAGGACGCAGGAGUGAACUGCCUGUGAAAUACUUUAAAAGCCAACAAAUGACCUUUUUUUUGCAUUAUUUGAAACAAACAUGCAGAAGACAUUUUAAAAAACUGCUUUCUCCUCCUGUCAGCAACCCCUACCAAGGACUCGCUUUAAAUAGAUUUCAGCUAUGCAGAAAAUUUUUAGCUUAUGCUUCCAUAUUUUUUUAUUUUGUUUUAUUUUUUGAACGUUUUUGCACUUUUAUUUAGUAUCGCUAAAGUUAAGUCUGUCUGUUUUGACCACGGAAUAUAUAUAUGUGUAUCAAAAAUGUGGUCUCAAAAUAUUUUUUUAAAAAAAAAAUGUAACAAAAAAAGUAUUGCUGAUAAUCAGUUUGGACCAGUUUCUUAAGGUCACUAAGAUCAUAAGCAGACUAUAAGACAGGUUUGACUGCAGUGGUGUCUUGUAACCAUGUUUUGAUUUCUGUGCACAAGCUAGUCUGUAUAUUUCUAUGUUAGAAAGUGUAUUCUCUUUUGAACCCCCUCUUUUUCUUGUGUCAUGUUGAAAUGUGCAAUAGUCUAUAGUUCACAGUAUGCUUUAUUGAAAAGUGUGUUUCUAAAACUGCCACGUUCCCCUUUUUGUAUUUGUUAAUUUUUCCCUGACAGUUGAGCAGUCAGCCGGUCAUGACAGUGAACUUUGCACACCGUAGCCAGCUUGAAGCAGCUGCCUAUAUCACAUUGUGCUCUGAGGUGACAAUGCAUGAAUUUUCCCCAACUUGAAAGGGCUUUUAAAAAGAAACAAAAAA